CCUGGCUCUCGCGAGGGUCUGAGCGUGCGGAAGAUGGCGGCCGUCUGAGACAACGUGUGUGAGCGCCCCCGGGCCCGGUGACGAGAGACGAUGCAGCACGACGAUGUGAUUUGGGAUGUUAUUGGAAACAGACAGUUUUGUUCCUACAAAGUCAGAGCCAAAACUCAGAGUUUCUGUCGCAAUGAGUACAAUAUCACGGGUCUGUGUAAUCGUGCAUCCUGCCCACUGGCCAAUAGUCAGUAUGCAACUAUCAAGGAAGAGAAAGGUCAAUGUUUCCUGUACAUGAAGACAAUAGAGCGAGCAGCCUUUCCAGCUCGGAUGUGGGAGCGGGUGAAGCUGAGUAAAAAUUAUGAGAAGGCCCUGGAGCAGAUCGAUGAGCACCUCAUCUACUGGCCCCGCUUCAUCAGGCACAAGUGCAAGCAGCGUUUCACCAAGAUCAUCCAGUACUUGAUCCGCAUCCGCAAGCUGACUCUCAAGAGGCAGAGGAAGUUGGUACCUUUAAGCAAGAAAGUUGAACGCCGAGAGAAGCGAAGAGAGGAAAAAGCUCUGAUUGCAGCUCAACUAGACAAUGCCAUUGAGAAGGAACUACUGGAGCGACUGAAGCAGGGGACGUAUGAAGACAUCUACAAUUUUCCUGUUCAUGCUUUUGAUAAAGCAUUGGAGAAACAAGAUGCAGAAAGUGAGACUGAUUCUUCGGAGGAAGAUGAUGAAGAUGUUGGCCGGGUGGAAUAUGUGGAGGAUGACCAACUGGACGAGAGUGACCUGAGUGACUUUGAGGCCAUGGACAAACUAGAGGACAGCGAAGAAGAGGAGAGAUCGGAGCAAUCCAGUGAUGAGCAGGAAAUGGAGGUAGAAACCUCCAAAUCGAAGGGCAAGGCACCGGUGAAAGGUCCUAUCCGAAAAAAGCGGCCAUUUGUAGAAAUUGAAUACGAGCAGGAGACAGAACCAGCAGUCAAAGACAGGAGUACGUGACAACCUCAUCAGGAGCACUGGUCUUGCUUCUAGUGAAAUGUGGACGCUAAGUACAAUGUACAGAUAUUUUAAAGCAAAGUAUACUGGAUGGCCUCCUCAUUACUGCAGCGUUAUUGCUGCUUCAACAGGCCUUGGCUAAGGAAAGCUGGAACUAUUUUAAGUCUCCUUGCAAUGUGACUCGGAUUGGUUUUUGUUUUGUCAUUUGUAUAAAAUUAUGAAUAAAAAUGUGAGUGAACUUCGUAACUGUAGAAAGAUUUGUAUCGGUCUUCACGGUGGAGGACACGUCUAAUAUGCCAAAGAAGGAUGUUAUGGACGAAAUAGGAGGUGAGGACCUCAAUAAAAUCACUCUCACUAAGAGAUAGUGAUGUGCAAACUAGAGGGCCUGAGGGUAGAUUAAGUCCUCUGGUCCUGAUAGGAUGCGUCCCAAGGUGCUGAGGGAAUAAUUGGAGGUUAUAGCAGAUGUGUUGGUAAUCAUUUAUCAAAACUCUCUAGACUCUGGGCAGGACACGGUGGAUUGGAAGACAGCAAAUGUCAUGCCACUUUUUGAAAAAGGAUGUAGGCAAGAGACUGGCAACUAUAGGCUAGUUAGCUUAACAUAGUUGUAGUCGGGGAAAAUGCUUGAAGCUGUCAUUAAGGAAGAAAUAGCGAAACAUUUAUAAAGGUGUGGUUCCAUUAGACAUGCAGCAUGAAUUCAGAAAAGGGCAGGUCCUGUUUGACAAACUUACUGGAAUUCUUUGAGGACAUAAUGAGUGCAGUGGAUAGAGGGGAACAGGUAGAUGUUGUAUACUUGGAUUUCCAGAAGGCGUUUGAUAAGGUGUCACACAAGAGACUUAUAAAUAAGAUACGGAUGCAUGGAGUCGGAGGAAGUGUAUUGGCAUGGAUAAUGGAUUGGUUAACCAAUAGAAGGUGGAGAGUUGAUAUAAAUGGGUGUUUUUCUGGUUGGCAGUGAGUGGGGUGCCGCAGGGGUCGGUGCUGGGCCCGCAGCUGUUUACCAUUUACAUAAUGAUUUGGAAGAGGACUGAGUGUAGCAUUGCAAAAUUUGCUGAUGACACUAAACUGAGUGGAAAAGCAAUUGUACAGAGGAUGUGGAGAGUCUGCAGAGGAAUAUAGAUAGGUCAAGUGAGUAGGCCAAGGUCUGGCAGAUGGAAUACAACGUUGGUAAAUGCGAGAUGAUGCACUUUGGAAGGAAUAAUAGAAGAGCAGAUUAUUAUUUAAAUAGUGGAAGAUUGCAGCAUGCUGUUGUGCAGAGGGACUUGGGAGUGCUUGUUCAUGAAUCGCAAAAAGUUGGCUUGCAGGUACAACAGGUUAUUAAGAAGGCAAACGGAAUGUUAGCCUUCAUUGUUAGAGGGAUUGAAUUCAAGAGUAGGGAGGUCAUGCUGCAACUAAACAGAGUACUGGUGAGGCCGCACCUGGAGUACUGUGUGCAGUUGUGGUCUCCAUACUUGAGGAAGGAUAUAUUGGCUUUGGAGGCAGUGCAGAGGAGGUUCACCAGGUUGAUUCCUGGGAUGAAGGGGUUAACCUAUGAGGAGAGAUUGAGUCGCCUUGGACAACAGUCUCUGGAGUUCAGAAGAAUGAGAGGGGAUCUUAUAGAAACAUACAAAAUUUUGAAAGAGAUGGAUAAGAUAGAAGUAGGAAAGUUGUUUCCAUUGGUAGGUGAGACUAGAACUAGGGGACAUUGCCUCAAGAUUCAGGGGAGAAGAUUUAGGAUGGAGAUGAGGAGAAACUGUUUUUCCCAGAGAGUGGUGAAUCUGUGGAAUUCUCUGCCCAGGGAAGCAGUUGAGGCUUCUUCACUAAAUAUAUUUAAGAAACAGAUUGGUUUUUACAUAGUAAGGGAAUUAAGGGUUAUGGGGAAAAGGCAGGUAGAUGGAGCUGAGUUUACAGACAGAUCAGCCAGGAUCUUGCCGAAUGGCCGGGCAGGCUUAAUGGACCAGAUGGCUCCUAUUUCUUAUGUUCUUAUUUUCCACUAAUUGUAAUACAGUUUCCAGACUACAAUUAUCAGUAAUUAACAGUAUUUAUCUUGUAUUUAUCAGUAUUUAUUACACUUAUCUUGAUGUACUCAACUGAUAGCUAGUGUCAGCAGCUACGAUGACAGGUAAGUUUGGCUGGUAUUUAACUGCAUAGUUAAAUGGCUGUUUAGAGAGUUCCUUCAGUCCUUGUUGACCUUUAGAAAAAAGAUUCCCCACUGUCGCACAGCCUCAGGUUGAUUCCUUUCUGUGUGUUUAUCUUAGGAACUUUUCUUUCUUAGUUUUCAGAAUCUGGGUAUCAUUACAAUCUGGGUAUUUGGGUACAGAGAAGAUUUACUAGAAUGUUGCCUGGGUUUCAUCACUUAAGUUACAGAGAAAGGUUGAACAAGUUGGAUCUUUAUUCUUUGGAGCGUAGAAGGUUGAGGGGGGACUUGACAGACGUAUUUAAAAUUAUGAGGGGGGAUAGAUAGAGUUGACGUGGAUAGGCUUUUUCCAUUGAGAGCGGGGGAGAUUCAAACAAGAGGACAUGAGUUGAGAGUUAAAGGGCAAAAGUUUAGGGGUAACACGAGGGGGAACAUCUUUACUCAGAGAGUGGUAGCUGUGUGGAACGAGCUUCCAGCAGAAGUGGUUGAGGCAGGUUUGAUGUCAUUUAAAGUUAAAUUGGACAGCUAUAUGGACAGGAAAGGAAUGGAGGGUUGUGGGCUGAGUGCAGGUCAGUGGGACUAGAUGAGAGUAAGAGUUCAACACAGACUAGAAGGGCCAAGAUGGCCUGUUUCCGUCCUGUAAUUGUUGUAUGGUUGUUAGCAAGAUCAGUAUUUAUUGUGCAACCCUGUUUGCUUGAGCGAAGGCUGUGGUGAAGCCUGAGACUGCUGCAGUGCUGUUAGUAAGGGAGUUGGAACUGCAUUCAUCACAGCGAGUAUUCUGUCACAUUCCUCACUCAUAGUUAAUGGCAAGGUGAUCAGAUGGUAGAGAUAGCUGAGUUACCUGCUGCAGUAUACUGACCAGUCGAGCUUUUGCGCCAGAUGUUGAUGAUAUGGACCAUGGCAAUUAAAUUGAUGUUUAAGAAGUUUGGAUAGUUACCACAUUUGCAUGUGCACAGUAAGUGUUGUGUUGGAACAUUCCCUCUGACUAUCCUGCCAAUGCUCUCAGAAUAGCGUUCAUAUCUACAUAUAGACUUGGAUAUCGGAAACUGUGAGGCUGUUUCCCCCAGAGUUACCAUGCUCGGGAGUGCUUGUGCAUGAAUUGCAAAAGUUUGGUUUGCAGGUGCAGCAGGCUGUCAAGGCGGCAAAUGGAAUGUUGGCUUUCAUUGAUAGAGGGAUUGAACUUAAGAGCAGGGAGGUUAUGCUGCAACUGUACAGGGUACUGGUGAGGCUGCAUCUGGGGUACUGUGUACAGUUCUGGUCUCCUUACUUGAGGAAGGAUAUAAUGAUUUGGAAGUGCACCAGGUUGAUUCCAGAGAUGUGGGGGUUAGACGGAGGAGAGAUUUGAGGCGUCUGGAA